UGGUUUACCCCAUGUGGGACCAGACCGCAGCGCUCAAUUACGCUGGAUCCGGUACUUUUCAUCUGGACCCACCUUGUAAAAUUUAACCAAUCACUUCCUCUCACUGUUUAUCGUUAGCCCUAGACACGUGUUGUUUCACGCUAGGUCACUGUACACACGCUAUGAUUAUCGCCUGAGCUCUCAAAACAAAAAGAGAGAUAGAGAGAGACACACACAGAGUUAGAUAGAGAAAGAGAGAGACAGGGCUGGUGGUGUUGGUGUUGUCGUUGAUUGUGGGGUGCGUAGGAUAAGGAGGUAUAAUGAAUCGGGUAAUGCUUAGAUUCCGACCGAUUGCGCCGAAACCGGCCGCCGGAGGGUCCGGUUCAGAUGGGUCAUCGAUUGAUAACAAGAACGCUUUUUUUGCAAAAGGAAGAACGAAGAGAAAGUACGUUAGGGUUCGGAAGAAUAAUAGUAGUAGUAGUAACAGUAGUGGAUACAAGAGAGAGAGAAAGAUAGGUGAGGAAGAAAAGAAAGAAGGGUCGUUGGAGUUGGAAAAGAGAGUGGUGACUCUGCAACUUUUGCCUGAGAAAAGUGAACGGAAUGAAUCGCCGGAGAGUGGAUCUUGGUGUAACUUUGAUGAUGAGGAAAAUGGGAACCCACCAGAACUGCCGAUGUGGUUGAAUAAGUUUGACGAUAAUAAGGGUGUGACUGUGUCUGUGAGUAGUGGUGAUGAGAAGGAUCACACGGCGGCGGUGGAGUCGUGGGUGACGGUGGAGAGUGUGACGGACACGUGCAUGGGUGUGGGUCAGCUAGGGAGCACAGACGAGGAGAGGAUGAGAAAUCUGGAGGAGGACACGUGUCCGGGCUUCGUGUCGGACGGUUUGGAUAGGGUGAUGUGGUUGAAUAGAGCAUUUAAGAGGAUGUUGGUGAGAAAGGAGCAAAAUGACAGGCAGUCAGCUGAGAAUAAUAGUAAUAAUAAGAUGAUAAUGGUUUGGUUGGUUGGGAAAGAGAAGUUGAAGUUGAAGUUGCCGUACUUGGACGAAGCAGAAGCAUUUACGUGCCAAGUUAAGCUGCAACACACGUGUGGGACGGAGAAGAAGGAUAAUAAGUGCUCUCAGAUAGUGCCUUGUGAUGUGUGGAAAAUGGACGGUGGAGGAUUUGCAUGGAGGCUCGACGUUGAAGCUGCCCUCAGUUUGGGCCGUUGAUUAUAGAAAAAACAAAAAUCUCAGGUGAUCUUGACUACAAAGGUCAAAGAGUUGAACACGUACUGUGACUCUGUGAGUCUAGAAAGUGUACAUAUUGUAAGUAUUGCAUCAAGACUUGUUUCCAACGGCAAACGUGAACCCGGAUUUGGUUUGGAGUAAGCGCAAGCCUCAAUAAAAAUAAAGUUUACCAAUUAAAGCGACUUUUAGUUGCUAAGUCUGUGUGAGAGAAGGCAUAUGUCCAACAAGAUGAAGGAUGGGGAGUGGUUAAACUUCUAAGCAGUUCAAGAUGUUGCGGAUUAGAAACUGGAUAUCCAGUGACAAAAAUAUUGACAAUAUGUAGCAUAACAGGUAUCGUAUGUUAUCUAAAGCACGGUUUAGAAGGAAUGGUUCUGAAUCGUACUUAUAUCAAAUGAAAAUCCUCCCUCAUUUUGCUUUG